UCCACACACACUCUGUCCUGUAGGCGCAGCAGCAGAUUCAGACUUCAUCCGCUCGGCUCAGGAAGAGAAAUCAGCCAUCUCUCAGAUCACUACAAAUAUCAGUCUCUACAUCCAGAAAUCACAUUAAAAGCCUUUGGGGGAAUACCGCGAUCUACGGGAACAGAGACAAAGUGGAAGGAAAAAGUAUCUCGAUAAGCUUAAAUGACGACGUCUAUUGGAUACAAAACCUCUUGAAAUAGGGAAUGGACUAAAUGAUGAUGGGGGAUGGUCGCUCUUGCAUCGUAAGGAAAGUCGCCUUGCCCACCUGACACAUGAGGACCGCUCAUUGUACAGGGAUCAUGAGGGCUCUGCUUUAGUGAGAUAUCAAAGGGUUCCGGUAAUGUGCCAUGGGGUACGACAUCACCAGGUUCCAAGGAGAGGUGGACGAGGAUCUGUUGUGUCCCAUCUGCAGCGGGGUGCUAGAGGAGCCAGUGCAGGCCCCUCACUGUGAGCAUGCCUUCUGUAAUGCCUGCAUCACACAGUGGUUUGCACAGCAGCAGAUCUGCCCCGUGGACCGCACCGUUGUGACCCUUGCCCACCUUCGACCCGUCCCCCGCAUCAUGCGUAACAUGCUUUCCAAGCUGCAGAUGUCCUGCGAUAACGCCGGCUUCGGCUGCACGGCCACCCUUCGGCUCGACCAGCUGCAGUCACACCUCAAGGACUGCGAGCACAACCCCAAACGACCUGUCACGUGUGAGGAAGGUUGCGGGCUAGAAAUGCCCAAAGAUGAGAUGCCAAAUCACAACUGUAUUAAGCAUCUACGCAGUGUGGUGCAGCAACAGCAGACCAAGAUUGCAGAUCUGGAGAAGACGGCCGCUGAGCAUAAGCACCAACUUGCAGAACAGAAACGUGACAUCCAGCUCCUGAAAGCUUACAUGCGAGCAAUACGGAGCGCUAACCCUAACCUACAGAACCUGGAGGAGAGCAUAGAGUACAAUGAGAUCCUGGAAUGGGUGAACUCUCUGCAGCCCGCUCGCGUGACCCGUUGGGGAGGAAUGAUCUCCACACCAGACGCCGUCCUCCAGGCCGUCAUCAAACGGUCGCUCAUAGACAGUGGAUGUCCUUUGUCGAUCGUUAAUGACCUCAUCGAGAACGCCCACGAGCGCAACUGGCCCCAAGGCUUGGCCACGCUGGAGACACGGCAGAUGAACCGCCGAUAUUACGAAAACUAUGUGGCCAAGCGCAUUCCGGGUAAGCAGGCCGUGGUGGUGAUGGCCUGUGAGAACCAGCACAUGGGUGAAGAUAUGAUUCUGGAGCCAGGUUUGGUUAUGAUCUUCGCUCAUGGUGUGGAGGAGAUCUUAUAGUCUGUACAUAGGUGGGCGCAAAUGAUGAAAAGGAGGAAGGGGUUUGCAAAAACUGAAUUACCACCCCCCACCCCCAAUCUAAAAGAUUCUUAAUUCAUCCCACUAAAAAUAAUCGAGACCUCUUCGGCAGUCUUUACCUCAAAUCUUUUGGAAGGACGAAGGCAGAGAAAGCUCUCCACUCGUUUGAUGACCUCCAGCAUUCCUAUUCUCUUUGCCUUAAAAGGACAUUUUUCAAAAAGUGGACCCUAAUGACAAAUACCAACUUGAAACAUUAUCAGGGAUGAUGGUACACACAUGUUUUAACAUUAACAUUGAAAUCGAAAGGAUUUGAAGUGAUGUCUAAUUUCCCCUUUAACAUUUAUUUCUCUUGAGAGCAAAUACAUGUCAAUCACAGCUUUCAACCGUGUAAAAGACCAGUUAAGAUUCUUGUAAAUACAGAUGAUUAAGAAAUAUAGACAAAUAUGCUAUCUGUUCUUGUUCUAAUAGAGUAGUUGACAUUUUUGCUGUCUUCAUCUCAGUUUGCUAUUUACAGUAGUGUGUUUUAGCUACCAUUGAUCUCAAUGUUUUGUUUUUUUAAGAGAGCUAUGAUUAAAGUAUGCUAGAUAAAGAGCUCUCUUCUCGGUGUUUGCACUCUGUGGCGAUUGGAAAAACAAGAUGUCAUGAAUCUCGUUUUGUGAAGAUGUUUGUCCUUCUUGAGAGGAAAGAGUGAAGAAGGAUUUGUAUGAUGUAAAUCAACAGCCGGUUUGAUACCUUUUAUUCCACACUGCUCUUUGAGUUUUUAUGUGCAACCAGAAACUCUAAAUUUUCAAAUAA